AAGUUGAUAUAACUCUAGGGACCAAAUUUGUAAUUACUCACUUGGCAUUUUAAUCAGCACAAACAACACACAGUGACCGUCGCCCACAAUCGGAGGAAAAUGGCGCGCGACAAAGACCAGCCACCAGCGGUACGCGUCUAUACGGUUUGCGACGAAUCCAAGUAUUUAAUCGUGAGGAAUGUUCCUGCAUUAGGUUGUGGUGAUGAAUUACGGAAAUUGUUCGAAGGAUAUGGUGAAAUUGACGAAUUCACCCCAUUGGACGACGAAGAUUGCGAGCCAUUUACUGAUGUUUACUGGAUUAAGUUUCAUCAGGUCAACAAUGCUAGAUUUGCAAAAAGGAAGUUGGAUGAAUCAGUUUUUAUUGGAAAUCGGAUUCAAGUCUCAUAUGCGCCUCAAUAUGAGAACCUUAGUGACACAAAAGAGAAGUUGGAAGGUAGAAGAACAGAAGUUGUAGCUAGACUUAAUCCUGGAAGAUCCAAGGGUUCUAGUGUUAUGAAUAUGAGUGCAGUUUCUUCUAGUCAACCUAAAUUGAAUACAGCUCAAUCUCAGACUAAUUUCAUAUCACAGCCAUUAAAUAUCCAACACAGGGACCCACUGGAGCCACAGGCUCAACAUACAGUUCACAGUCGCACUCUUCCCUCAACAGUUUCGUCUAAUCAGGAUUAUUUUCCAUUAGAAUCGAUGAAUCAGACAGUUCGAUUGGUCAGGGAAAAACUUAACAAGAUUGAAUCGGAUACAGAGACUUUAAAAGCCGGAUCUUCUAAGAAACCACGAAUUGACAAUAGAAGAAGAAUCUGA